AUGCAAUCAGCAAGGUAUGCAAGUGCAGCUAUUCAGGAUAGGUUAAGCUUAUAUCAGAAUACAUCAUAUAUCCCAAGUACUAAUGCUAAACUGUUGAGAAGAAAAUACCCACCUUCUCUGGUCAUACCGCAGGCCACAGGACAGAACACAAGUAUACUUCAAUGCACACCAUUAGAGGCAGAUAUGAAGGGGGACUUCUUUGAUCCCAAGACAGGUAGAAAAGUUGUGCUCAAGGGUAUUAAUGUUGAUUCACAAAUGAAACUUCCAGUUACACCAUAUGUUCCAUCAUACGAAGGCGACAGUACCGAUCCGAAUAGUUUUUUCUUUGAUGGGGACAAUGUGUCCUUUGUGGGGAGACCUUUCCCAUUACAAGAAGCUCACAUGCAUUUGCAACGAAUCAAAGACUGGGGUUAUACGACCAUUAGAUAUCUUAUUACAUGGGAAGCCAUGGAACAUGCUGGGCCUGGUAAGUAUGACAAAGAGUUUGUUGAAUACACAUUGCAGGUGUUGAAGAUUAUUGGUAAUAUUGGAGGACUUUAUGUAUUUAUGGAAUUCCAUCAAGAUGUAUGGAGUCGAUUUUCAGGAGGAAGCGGUGCUCCCAUGUGGACAUUCUAUGCUGCUGGCUUGGACCCCAAGAAGUUUACCAUAACUGAAGCAGCAGUACUUCACAACGAACCACGGUUCCAUGAUUCAAGCACGAAAUAUCGUAAAAUGCUUUGGACGUCAAAUUAUAAACGUUUGGCUGCAUUUGUCAUGUUUACUUUGUUUUUCGCCGGCAGAAACUAUUUCCCCACUUUAAAGUUAAAUGGGAAGAAUAUCCAGGAUUAUUUGCAAGAUCAUUACCUUGGAGCAGUGGAUUACCUUUGGAAGAAUGUCAUUCGCAAUUUACCCGAGUUGGUUGAAAACGGAACUAUUUUGGGAUUUGAAUCAAUGAAUGAACCCAGUGGUGGAUUGGUUGGUCAUCCUAACUUGAAAAUUAUCCCUGAUUCACAGCAGUUACGUGUCGGCACUUCACCAACAGCGUUUCAAGCAAUGAAAUUAGGUAUGGGAUUUACAUGCGAAGUUGAUGAAUAUAAAAUAGCCAUAACUGGUCCACGGAAGUAUGGAAGUAAAAUCGUGGAUCCUAAGGGUACUAGAGCUUGGCUCUCUCGAGAAGAUGCCAAGAUAAUAGAUGAUCACUAUGGAUUCAAAAGAGACAUAGACUGGCCGAUUGGAGUGUGUAUUUUUGCGCACGAAGGAAUCUGGAAAUGGCCAAAGGAUUUUGAUUUCAAUAAAUUAAGAGAUAUGACACAAGAACAGCGACUUGAAGUAAGCGGUAAAUGUGAAAUGCUCGAACCAUACUUCUUCACCAACGUCCAUGAAAAACACAAUUUGGUACAUGCAGAUGGUACGGUACCGGAGAAGGUCGAUGUUGAAUUUUUCACCAACAAUAUGUUUGUCGACCACUACAUUAGAUUCAAGGAAACAAUUAGAAAAAGAAACCCCAACGCAUUCGUGUUAAUGCUGACUCCUGUGUUGGAGGUUCCUCCCAAUCUCAAGAAUGAUCCUAGAAAAAUCAUCGACAACAAAACAGUUUACUGCCCUCAUUACUACGAUGGUUUGUCGUUGAUGUUUAAAAGUUGGAACGUGAAAUACAAUGUUGACACACUUGGUAUCAUGAGGAACCGGUAUUUGAAUCCUGUGUUGGGGAUUGUAUUUGGUGAACGAGCAAUUAGAAAUUGUUUCAGGAAGCAAUUCAUUGAAAUGAGACAGGAGUGUAAUACUUAUUUGGGUGGGCUUCCAAUUGUCAUGUCCGAAACCGGUAUGCCAUUUGACAUGGAUGACAAACGUGCUUACAGGAAUAGUAAGUUUAUUUCACAAACAGCAGCCAUGGAUGCCAUAUCCUAUGCCCUUGAAGGAGCAAAUAUGUCCCACACAUACUGGUGUUACAAUAGUGGCAAUAACCAUAAAUGGGGAGAUAACUGGAAUAACGAGGACUUUUCAUUUUGGUCGCCAGAGGACCGCAUGCCAGAUGAUGAAAUUGAAAAUGAAGCUCCGAGUCGCAGAUCAAGAAGAAGAAGACACCACCAUUCGAAGCGCAAACGUACAGCUACAGCAUUAAAACGUACUUCUUCGACACCCACUCGUAUGGAAUCAUCAAUAUCUCGAAGUAGUACAAUUACUAGUGCUUCUGAAUCAUCGUUUGAUUCAGAAAGAGACUAUUCUGAUAGCUAUGAAUCAGAUGAUACUUCUUCUCAAUGUUCUGUGAUAACGUCUGACAGUCUGAAUAUUUAUCAUCGUCAGUACAGAAAAUGUUAUCCUUCUCCAGAUGGUGUUAGAGCUGUGAGUGCAGUUAUCCGACCAUAUCUUAUGGCAACUAAAGGUAUUAUCGUUGCUGUUGAAUUUGACCUAAAACUAGUCAAGUAUUCUGUACAAGUUGCCAUUGAUCGUUCUGAUCCUUUACUUGAAACCACACCUACAGUGAUUUUUGUUCCUAGAUGGCAUUUCCCGUUUUUGAAUUAUGGUGAUAUUUACUUGUCUUCUGGUUAUGUCAAAUAUAAUGCUGAAUUGCAAUUUUUAGAAUGGUACCACUGGAAGGACCCUUCUAUUAUUGUUGAAAACUCGAGAUCGAGCAAUCCGGGUGGCGUAGUUACAGAGACACUCAUAUUAAAGAACCAUAGUGGCUCUUUAGAAGAUACAAACGAUUUUGGUGAAAAAAGGUCAUUCUCUAGUGAUUUGGGAUGUCCCGUUACAUAG